UGGCCGCGAAGGUCGGGAUGGACAGCGUUACGGCCAACUACUUCGCCCUGUUCGAGGUGAUCAAUCACUCCUUUGUGCGCAAACUGGCCCCCAACGAAUUCCCCCACAAACUCUACGUGCAGAACUACACCUCGGCGGUGCCGGGGACGUGCCUGACCAUCCGGAAAUGGCUCUUCACUACGGAGGAGGAGGUUCUCCUCAACGACAACGACCUGGCAGUCACCUACUUCUUCCAUCAGGCUGUUGAUGAUGUCAAAAAAGGCUACAUCAAAGCAGAGGAGAAGUCCUACCAGUUACAGAAGCUGUGUGAGCAGAGGAAGAUGGUCAUGUAUUUAAACAUGUUGCGGACGUGCGAGGGCUACAACGAGAUCAUCUUCCCCCACUGCUCCUGCGACUCUCGGCGCAAGGGACACGUCAUCACCGCCAUCAGCAUCAAGCACUUUAAGCUCCACGCCUGCACCGAGGAGGGUCAGCUGGAGGGCCAGUGGCCACCAGGAGGAGCCCGCAGCGCCGGGAACUCGGGGGAGCUGGGGCUGGGGAGCCAGGGUGGCCAUCGGGGUGGCAUCAGGCCUGCUGCUGCUCUGAGGGGGUCCCUCGCUUUCUCCCCACAGUUCAACUACAUGCACGAGUGCUUCGAACGGGUUUUCUGCGAGCUCAAGUGGAGGAAGGAG